UCGAAAACAUCGCACCGCCAUCGUUGAACUUCCUUUCCACGACGUGGUUUCCAAAAUGCAGAAGAAACAAAAGGAACCUAUUCAGUCCGUGCAAGUCUUCGGACGCAAAAAAAGUGCAACGGCGGUUGCUUACUGUAAACGGGGCCGUGGAAAUCUCCGUGUAAAUGGACGGCCGUUGGAAUUGGUAGAACCUCGUGUGUUACAGUAUAAAUUACAAGAACCAAUUUUGUUACUUGGCAAGGAAAAGUUCUCUGGAGUUGACAUCAGGGUAAGAGUAAGCGGUGGUGGUCACGUUGCCCAAAUAUAUGCUAUUCGUCAAGCUAUUUCUAAAGCUCUUGUAGCAUACUAUCAAAAAUAUGUCGACGAAGCAAGUAAAAAGGAAGUAAAAGAUAUUCUAAUUCAGUAUGAUCGUACACUUUUGGUUGCUGACCCAAGGCGGUGCGAGCCAAAGAAGUUUGGUGGUCCAGGUGCCAGGGCACGCUACCAGAAAUCUUACCGUUAAUUUACAAAUUUCACACUUUAUUCAUUUUAUUGAAUAAAAAAAUUUAAAAACAA